AUGAAGUACAUCAGUUUGAUAUCAUUGACUCUCCAGAAUGCCUUACUGGCCCUUGUCAUGCGCUAUGUGCGUACCCGUUCAGGUGAUAUGUUCAUGGCAACAACAGCUGUGGUCAUGGCAGAGUUUUUAAAGUGUACUACUUGCCUCCUAAUCAUCCUUUUCCAGGAGGGAAGUCUUUCCAAGUGGUUAAAACACCUCCAUGAAAACAUUAUCAUGCAACCUGUUGAUUGUAUGAAAAUUGCCAUUCCUUCCUUGGUGUACACCUUACAAAAUAACUUGCUUUAUGUGGCAGUCUCAAAUUUGGAUGCAGCCACGUAUCAGGUAACAUAUCAACUGAAGAUCCUCACCACAGCUAUGUUCUCAGUGUUUAUGCUAAAAAAACAACUCAGCCGUAUGCAGUGGUUGUCUCUGGUUAUUCUUUUCAUUGGGGUUUCCUUUGUCCAGCUGCAAUCAAAAGCUUCAUCAGAAAAUGUCAGCACAGAGCAGAGCCCGCUUAGGGGUUUGAUGGCUGUCAUAGCUGCUUGCCUAAUGUCUGGCUUUGCUGGUGUCUAUUUUGAAAAAAUCCUUAAAGGGACCAAACAGAAUUUAUGGCUGCGUAAUGUCCAGCUCGGAUUUCUUGGAACCAUCAUCGGAUUGAUAACAAUGGAGAUUCAAGAUGGGAUUAAAGUUCAGGAAAAGGGAUUUUUCUUUGGUUAUGACAUGGUUGUGUGGAUUGCCAUUUCAUUACAGUCGUUUGGCGGUCUUUUGGUAGCCGUGGUAGUGAAAUAUGCAGACAAUAUUCUGAAAGGAUUUGCAACAUCGGCAGCCAUCAUUAUCUCGUGUGUGGCGUCUAUGUACUUGUUUGAUUUUCAUCUCACGCUACAGUUUGUGAUUGGGGCUUCACUUGUUUGUUCUUCUGUGUACAUGUACAGCAGAUUUGCCCUUAAGAUGUAA